CUGGAUUUGAGGUUUGGUUUUUCAUUUUGUUUUGUGGAUUUUUUUAUUAUUUAAAUGACAUAAUAAUGUGUUUUUGUGCGCUUUAGCAGUUGUGAUUUGUUCUCAAAGAUGAUAAAAAGAAACUUUUGUCAUGUUGUGUGUCACAUGGGAUUCACUUUAUGCUCGGUCCCAACUCAAUAAACCCAAGCUUUAACAUCAUUAGCUGUACUACUUCUGUAUUAUUGUUAUUAUUAUUCAAGGCUUAGCAUGAUGAUGUCCAAAUCAACAUAUUAAAUAUUUACUUAACAAAGCUAAGCUAAUUGUUAAGUAAGUUAAGUGUCACCACACCAUUCUUAUCCCCCUAAGUGGCGUUUCCUUAUGUAAAAAAAUUUAGUUGUUAGAGAACUAUGGUUUAGUUGGAUUCUUAAUUGGUGAUGUUGGGGUUUUUAGUUUUUAAAUUUUAAUAUGAUGCGGCAGGUGCUGGUUUGUUGUUUACUGUUAGAAAAAAAGUUUAAUAUUCCAUUAUUUGGUUGUUCUUGCAUCACUAUGGUGGGGUCUGCCAUGUGUAUAUAUAUGUAUGGUACUUGACUUAUAAGAAAUAGUUGAAAUUUAAAUUUGGUUCCAAUGAAGUACCUGAAACCUGACAAGAUUUGGAGUUCACGAGUGUUGGCGCUAAGAAGUGGAGCAAGUAAUUUUUUCACAUGUAAUUAAGAAAGUCUUAUGAUGUCAUCCCAAGAAAAAUCUAGCACUAUGAUUAUGGUGGAAGGUUACCGUGUGACAAGUGACUCUGAACCUCAACCUGGACAAAGUGGGUCAUUUCGCCAAACAAGCAGUGCUAGUUCUUCAAUGAGAAGGAGAUCUUUUAGUUUAUCAGGUGUGCUCUCCUCACAAAUAGAUGACACCAUUGAAUGCGAGAGUGUGUCAGAGGCAGGUGAUAUUGGUGAUAGGGCUCUUCAUAACAGCAGGAACAGUAGGAGUGGAAGCCUUCGCUUUUCUUUCGAUCAUGUAUCAGAGAAUGGGGUGGUUGUUCCUAUUGCAGAAGAUACUCUUUCACAAUCCCAUGUGUUAAAUUCUCAUGAUCCUACAACUGAUGGUAUGGUGCAAGCUGAAAGCAAAAUGCAAAAUGAUAAGAAAGAGGUGCCAAAGCUGCUGGAGUACAGUUCCUGUCUCACUCAUUUGGCUGUUUUUGGGAUUUUGGGGGUUCUAACGAGGUAUUUGCUACAAAAACUAUUCGGCCCUGGAACUGCUGGAAUAACAAGCAACGAAAGUCUUCUUUAUCUCGACCUUCCUUCUAAUAUGGUUGGCUCUUUUUUAAUGGGGUGGUUUGGUGUUGUUUUCAAAGGAGAUAUAUCCCACGUGUCUGAUUUUUUAGCCAUUGGUUUAUCAACUGGUUACCUAGGAAGCCUUACAACUUUCAGUGGUUGGAACCAAAAGAUGCUUGAACUUAGUGUCGAAGGCCACUGGGUUUCAUCAGUGCUCGGUUUCCUAAUAGGUUUGUUUCUUGCUGCUUAUUCUAUUAUAUUUGGAGUUGAGACAGCCAAGGGUUUUAGGCACCUUCUUCAAAAGAAAAUAACAAACCAAAAGAGUAGCAUUCAUAGCUCUGAGAGCAUGUGGAGAGUAGACAGUCGCGAGCGUCACAUAGCUGUCAUGGUGGUAUUCUUUCUGAUUCUAUGUCUACUGUUGAGUGUGAGUGGUAUAAUGUUGACAAAGGAGUUUAGAAACGAUGGCAGUGAGGCUCAACUCUGGUUAGGUUGCAUAGUAGGACCCUUGGGUGUGUGGAUCAGGUGGUUCUUAGCUCGACUUAAUGGAUGUGGAUUAGGAAGGGCGGGUUCGCUGAAAUGGAUUCCGUUUGGUACUCUAAGUGCAAAUGUGUCUGCAGCAUGUAUCAUGGCUGCACUCUCUACUAUUAGAAAUGCGGUGAACACUAAGACUUGUGAUACGAUAACUACAGGCAUACAACUUGGGUUUUUGGGUUGUUUGAGUACGGUUUCCACCUUCAUUGCUGAGUUUAACGCAAUGAGAGAAAGUAAGCAUCCUUGGAGAGCAUAUGUAUAUGCCAUGAUCACUAUAUGCGUCUCAUUUGGCUUGGGAACUCUUAUCUACUCUGUACCAGUGUGGACUAAAGGAUCAUAAGAGUCUUCUCCAUUCUAGGGUUGGAUUAUUUUUAUGUAUGAAACUAGAGAUCGUAUUGAAAAAAUUAAUUCUACAACCUAAUUAAUUCACACGUAUUAUGGCAUAACUUACUUUUAUUGAAAAGCUCGAAUAAUUUUAUCCUAUUCCAUUGCUCAUCUUCAUGUAUAUUAGUAAAAAGAAAAUUAAACUUUA